UUAAAACAUUCACUACCAGACUAUUCUCAAGUACCAACCUACAUUCGUUAUUUUGUCAUCAGCCGAUAAGGUCCAAUCGUUCUUCUGGCAGUCUCCCCUCCUUCAGUGGAUUGCCACUUGUAAAACAGAAGCUAGCAGAGGUUGCGGGGCCAUUUCUGGAUCUUUCUGAGCUCCAAGUUCGAGUUGAGUUGGGAUCAGUAUUACACAUCCUUUUCUCAAGAUCAUAAUCCUCAUUCAUCAUGGCCUCAGCGUCUAAACAACCCCCAAAGGGUAUUCUCAAGAAGCCCAAGUCCAUCAAAGAACGAAAUGCCGACCCUAGAGAAAUCGCCAUAGAGCAUGCCAAGAUCAUCCAGCAUCGUAAAGACCUUGAAGCAGAAAUCCUCGACAGCUUGGUCAUCCUCUCCGAAUACCCUCUCGCUCGCGAACCACCUCACAAUGCCUCCAACCCUUCUCCAUCCGAUGUCGCCGACUUCAAGGCUCAUGUGCGACUCUUUCAACCUUCAGACUACGACGACCUCGUUAUCGAGCGCAAUGUGAACGAGCUUUGCGGUUACACACUCUGCUCGCGACCACGACGGAAUACGGGUCCUGGCGGUCAGUGGAAGAUUUCCAACGGGAAUAUUAUGAAGCGGGAGGACCUAGAAAAGUGGUGCUCCAACCAAUGCGCCCGUCGCGCUCUUUACGUCAAGGUGCAGCUCAACGAGACAGCUGCCUGGGAACGGGCAGGUAUCCCAGAUAUUGAGAUCGAUUUACUCGACGAGGACAAAUCGAAGGAAACAGAGGUCGACCGAGCUGCCCGAGAGUUUGGUCAGCUCAAGCUCGAAGAGCAAAGACAAGCAGCUCGAGAUGAGGCCGCCCUUGCUCUUGAGCGAGGUGAACCAGAUGCAUCGCAAAGCAAGAGCAAGAAGAUGAAUAUCACACUGAAGGAGAAUGAUCCUAAAGCGCCAUCCACUGCGUCUGACAAACCAGAAGUCUACGAUGACGAACAUUUACUUGUCGAGGGCUACAGAACAAAACUCAACCUGGAGGAUAAGAAAAAGGACUGAUGAAAUCAUGUUUUAGGUGUUUGUAGCAUUUAUUCGAAGAUAGGCGUUGGGCGACUCGUGUAGCACAAGCAGGGCCAUAAUAAGGAUAGGAAGAUACCCC